GGCGGCGGCGGUAGCGGUUCCUAGGCUGCCGGCGGCGGACCAUGGCCUUGGCCGGGCGUCCCCCGGCCUCUCCUCAAGGCGUCCCCAGCAGCGUCGUGGAGCGGGCAGACUUCCGGGAAGGAACUGACAUGCGACUGAGCGGCGGCCGGCGCGCUUAGCGCCCCGAACAUGCGGCAGCCCCUGCGAGCGACCCCGGGCUGCGGACGGGCGGCGGCGGCGGCGGCGGCUGCUCGGGAGGGAGGGAGGCGGCGGCGCCGGCGGAGGUGGCGGCGGAGACGGCCGGCGUCCGGCGCGAAGCCCUAGGGAGCCUGCCUGGCGCGGCCUUGGGCCUCGUCGUCAAGGAUGCUGUCCCGAAAGAAAACCAAAAACGAAGUGUCCAAGCCGGCCGAGGUGCAGGGGAAGUACGUGAAGAAGGAGACGUCUCCUCUGCUGCGGAAUCUCAUGCCUUCAUUCAUCCGGCACGGUCCAACAAUUCCAAGACGAACUGAUAUCUGUCUUCCAGAUUCAAACCCUAAUGCCUUUUCAGCUUCUGGAGAUGGAGUAGUUUCAAGAAACCAGAGUUUCCUUAGAACUCCAGUUCAAAGAGCACCUCAUGAAGUAAUGAGAAGAGAAAGCAACAGAUUAUCUGCACCUUCUUAUCUUGCCAGGAGUCUAGCAGAUGUCCCUCGGGAGUAUGGCUCUUCUCAGUCAUUUUUAACAGAAGUUAAUUUUGCUGUUGAAAAUGGAGACUCUGGUUCCCGAUAUUAUUAUUCAGAUAAUUUUUUUGAUGGUCAGAGAAGACGGCCACUUGGAGAUCGUGCACACGAAGACUACAGAUAUUAUGAAUAUAACCGUGAUCUCUUCCAAAGAAUGCCACAGAAUCAGGGGAGGCAUGCUUCAGGUAUUGGGAGAGUUGCUGCUACAUCUUUAGGAAAUUUAACUAACCAUGGUUCUGAAGAUUUACCCCUUCCUCCUGGCUGGUCUGUGGACUGGACAAUGAGAGGGAGAAAAUAUUAUAUAGAUCAUAACACAAAUACAACUCACUGGAGCCAUCCUCUUGAGCGAGAAGGACUUCCUCCUGGAUGGGAGCGAGUUGAGUCAUCAGAAUUUGGAACCUAUUAUGUAGAUCACACGAAUAAGAAGGCUCAGUACAGGCAUCCCUGUGCUCCUAGUGUACCUCGGUAUGAUCAACCACCUCCUGUCACGUACCAGCCACAGCAAACUGAAAGAAAUCAGUCCCUUCUGGUACCUGCAAAUCCAUAUCAUACUGCAGAAAUUCCUGACUGGCUUCAGGUUUAUGCUCGAGCCCCUGUGAAGUAUGACCACAUUCUGAAGUGGGAACUCUUCCAGCUGGCUGACCUGGAUACAUACCAGGGAAUGCUAAAGUUACUCUUCAUGAAAGAACUGGAACAGAUUGUUAAAAUGUAUGAAGCCUAUAGGCAGGCUCUCCUCACAGAGUUAGAAAACCGCAAGCAGAGACAGCAGUGGUAUGCCCAACAACAUGGCAAGAAUUUUUAAGUUAAUUUUUUUAAAAUUAAGUUUUAUAAGAGCUUUAAAAUAUUUUCACCAAUAAAAAAUUGCAAAUAAGUACUUUGGUUAAUAAUGGCAGCUUACUUUUUGGAAAUUAUAAAAUUCUAAAUUACAUGUAUUUUGUUAUUAAAAACUUUCUUUUAUUGAACAAACAAAAUGAAUUUGUUAACACUUCCAAAUGAGGUAUAUUAGGAACUGCUUUGCGUGUUCUUGAUGAAGAAAAAUGCAGCAAGAAAUGUUAUUAUAAGCAGAUAUUAAAUAGGAAAUGAUCAUUUUUUUUACUUCUUACAGCAGCAGUACCUUUCUUUUUUGAAAAGAAAAAAAUCUAUGCAGUAUUUUUAAAAAGAUGUUUACUGCUUUAGUGUGUAAUAUUGUCUAGAAUAGGAUGGUUUAAAUAUUACCAUGGUGUAGUUCAAAAUAUAAAAUAGGAUUUAGAACCUUAAUUGUGAUAAAUUUCUAUAUAUGAUGUAUAUAGUUGUUAUACCCCCACCACCAAAAUGUGAGGAACCUUUUAAAAGUGCGUUGAGAAAAUAUUUUGGGGUAUGAAAGUGUGAAGGGCCUUUAUAUCUUUCAGGAAUAAAUUUAAUCAUAAAGACUUAGCCUCUGUGGAGGAGGUGUGUACAGCACUGAAAGUUGUUAACGUCACUUCCUUACUUUCAGCCAGGGCUCCUAAUGCAUUGAUAGCAUGGCUCUGAAGAGAAUGGUGGAGGGUUCCUGACAGCAUAGCACCCUGCCUUCUGACAGCCUGGGUUAAGCUGCCAAAAUUGACAAUCAGGGAUUCAAUAAGAAAUUUUGGUUAUUAAAUUGAUUUUAUAUUGCUUUUUUAUCCUCUAAGCAUUUGUCACAGAACUUUAAAACAUUUAUUUCCCUCUCAAUUAUUUUUCCCUUUUGGUUUUUUAGUUAUUAAGAUGUUGUUCAUAAUUAGUGCAGUAUGUUUCAGACAAGUUUAUGAUACUUCCAGUCUGUAAAGUGCUAGAAUUCUGUGAAUUUCAACAUUAGUUGAAGUAAAUGUAAAUAUGAAAUACGUGUAAAUAUAUUUUGAGUUUAGGUAGUCUCCCAGAGUACAGAGCACUCGCAGUUAAAUAUCGUGAGUUUGAGUUAUUGAUAAAGUGUUGAAAAUGUUAAAGUGUUUCAUUUUAUAU